AUGAAUUUGAUCCACCUGUUAACAGCCGCAGCAUUGAUGCACGAAUGUUUUGGUCAAAUGAGCACCCAACGUUUACUGAGGAGUUUACUUGAUGGCUAUGAGUUCACCACUUUACGACCGGUCAGAAAUGCAUCAGAUGUCAUCCGUGUGGAGUUUAUGUUUUUACUUACACAAGUUAUAGAAUUGAAUGAAAAACAUCAAACUCUUGAAAUUGGAACUUGGUUCACUCAGCAAUGGACGGAUGAGUUUAUGACCUGGGAUCCUGACAAAAACAACGGAGUAAAACGACUUUUUGUUUCAAGAUCCAAAAUAUGGUUGCCGGAUAUAACGCUGUACAACAGUAUGGACAAAGACUUUGAAAGCUACAAAGAUACCUCAGUCGUCGUUAACUACAAUGGCAUGAUGAGAUGGGAGGCCCAAGUCAUUCUAAAAAGCUCCUGCAAGAUAGACGCGCGACUUUUCCCAUUCGACACUCAAGUCUGUAAGCUAAAAUUCUCAUCAUGGGUGUACAACAGUUAUGAGUUACAUCUUCAGAUAUUGGAGGAGAUGGACAGUAAAAAUCUGUACGAAGACGUUGGGGUCUGGGAGCUUCGUGACGUCAUUGUGAACGGAAGCGAGUCUGUUUACGAUGGCGUUCCCUACCAAGAACUGACUUAUACCGUUUAUCUAAGACGGAGACCCAUGUUCUACACUGUCCAAAUCAUCAUUCCAUGUAUCCUGCUCUCUCUAAUCAACCUGAUGGUGUUUGUCUUGCCCCCCGAGUCAGGGGAGAAAGUAUCACUGGGUAUGGCCAACCUGUUGUCACUGGUUCUGUUCCAGCAGCUGAUCAGCAACGCUGUUCCCCCGACUUCAGAUAAUGCACCUAUCAUUGGAUAUUUCUUCUGCCCGAUGAUAGUCCUUGCUAGUACCUCCAUCGUAUGUACCGUGAUCGUUCUGAACUUGUUUCAUCGCGACAAUCGGCAGGCCAUACCACGAUGGGUCAAAAUCGUAGUGCUCAAACACAUGGCAAAGUUGGUCCGCUACAAAGCUUCAAAAGGAUCAUCCACGACUAUUCGAAGAUGCAGACAAGAUCUGACCUAUUCAAAACACGAUCCGGCUGGGAAAUUCAAAGUGAGCACAGAUACGAAGGAGCAAGGUAUUAACGCGAUGUUUGAACCAGGUUCCAGUCAAGUGGGUGCUAAAAACGAUAUCAGCAACCCGAAGGACGACAUUGGCAUUGGUAUCUCUUUCAUCCAGUCUACCCAAGCUGGAGCCGAUGGAACUGCGGAAUCGCACCACAAGACCAACGGAGCUCUUAACUGGAAGGAUGUAGCACUCGUGAUUGACCGGGCUGCCCUUGUCUUAUCUUCACUCGUGACUUUUAUGGCAGCUACUGUAUCUGUGUCACUGUUUUUGUUAAUUUCGUAGGAAAUAUUAUUCUUAGAAUGAAAGCCUUAUUAAUGUUCAUUCAAUUUAGAAAAAAAGAAAAAGAAAAAAAAGCAGAAAGGGUUGAACAAAAUAAGAAAAGCCCCUUAAAUUAACCUUUAGAAAAAGCAAAGCUAGAUUAUGAUAAUGAAAAAAUUCUAAGAAUUUGAUCGUGUAAGCAUGAACCAUACAGCAGUAUGACGUUGAUACGGACCAAUCCAACCGGCUGUUAAUUCAACGUCAACAUUGGAGUUGUCCCAGAUUCCACAUGAUAUAAAUAUAAAUAUUAAUGUGGAAAAGCUUCUGCUUCUCUGGCUAAUGGCAAUCGUUCGGUUCAUAAGGGGUCGGCUUUCUGAUGUAUUCGAAGUGAAUUGUUUCUCAAAAUGCUCGACUACCAUCACAAGCUGCUGUAGGCUUCUAGCCAAAUGCUUUUGUUGCCAUUAAUUUAAGCAGCGAAUACCAAACUUAUACCUUCAAUUUAAAACCAGUGGGCACUAUUGGUAAUUGUCAAAGACCAGUCUUCUCACUUGGUGUAUCUCAACAUAUGCAUAAAAUUAAA